AUGAUUAGAAUUAACAGUCCACCUUCUACACAUAACAUUCAUUAGAAGGAUUAAAAUAAGAACAAUGCAAAUAUAGUGAGUAAUUAAUAGCAAUUGCAUAAUAAAACUAUAAAGUUGACUUUACCAUCUCGAAUUAAAACUAAAUAAAAAAGAAUUUAGAGAUAAGAUGAUCCAUUAAUGACUUAUAGUCCAAUCAAUUAAUUAAGAAAACCACCUACGUAUUUUUUUAUUAAAUAUUUCGAUGUUGAAAUCAGUACUUAAGAUUUUAAUUCUUAAUCUGCCUCAGAAAAUAGACUACCAAAUUUUAAAGACAAGUCUACAGCUUAAGAAAAUAAAUUCAAAAAAACAAAAAAUGCAAUACUAAAUAUCUUACAAAGGUUUCUAUAAAAUAAAAUCAAAAAAAAUAAUUCGAAAUUAUAAUCAAUAUUGAUUAUAAAUUAUCCAUAAUUAAUAUAGAUCUAAAUCAAAUUAAUGAUUUUAGUUAUCAUAUCUUCUAAAUUCAUCAAAAAACUUAAAUAAUUUUAAAUAUUAUUUUCUCCUAAAGAUAAAUUACAAAAAUCAAAAGUUUAUAAAUAAGUCUUUUACUUAAAAUCUGAUUAACUUCCUUAAGAAAUUACCAUAAAUUAUAGUCAAUUAAGAAAAAUUUCAUUAAAUUGGAAAAGAAUUAAUUAUUAACCUUUAAUCUCCAAAAAAUUAACAAUUACCCUAAUAUACCUAUAGAAAUGAAAAAAUAAUCUCAAAAAAUGUUUAAUUGUAUAAAUAUUUACAUAAUCGUUAAAGAAAGAUAUAGAUUUCUAAUUCUAAAUAGACUGAAAAUGAAAAAGCUGUUGUAGUACGUUAAAAAGGGAUACAAAGAAAAAUUGCAACAAAAAAUUGUUUAAAAAUUCAAAAAACUCUGUAUGAUAAUCCCUAUUAAAUUGAUGAACCUUAUUCUUAAGAAUCUAUAUUAUAAACCGACCAACAAUCCUACAACCUAUCAUAUUUGAGAAUAUAAGAUUCAUAAUUUUAUGAUUAAACCAAUUUAAAUUUAUUAAACAUAAAGAAGAGAAAAUCUAAUUUAAAAAUAGUUUAAUUGUUUAUAAAUAUUAAUAAAACUUAAAAUCAAAUUAAGUUUUAGAAAUAAUUCUUAAAUUAAACUGAAAUUAAAGAUUCCUGUAAUUAAUUUAUAAAUUAAUUUCUUUAUCAUCCAACCUUUGAUUUAGUAUCAUUUUGUUUUUUCUAUUUAUAAUAUUAUAAAUUUUUGUAAUUUAAACUCAUUUAUCUUAAAUAAAUAAAGUUUAUUCCCUCAUUAAUUUUAGAAUGA